UUAGUGCCGUGGGGUCUACUCCUUCUUUCCUUAUUCUUUUCUCCGUCUCCAAACAAUCACCAAUGCCCGAACUGCUGAUAUGACCAAUCCCGCCCUCUCCACGCACUCCCCCUCCUCCUCAAUCGCAGCAUGUGGAAAGUUGUGGAGGGAGAUCUGACGUGCCUGAUUAUGUGUGAUCAUGAUGGCCCUUGAACGCAAAGAACCUAUGCUAAGUAACCGUGAGGCAUCCAUGAGAUGCCUCCAAGGCAAGAUGUUCCCUUCCAAUCUGCAAUACACUGGGAAUUUUCAGGAAGGGCCCUCAAAUUUUAAAGAGAGAACAAGUACCAUUCCAAGAGGUGGUACUAUGGAACCUGAGAGUCCAUUGAGCAGCAAGUCUUUUACAUCUCCUAAUGAAGGCUACCAUAGGCCACCAAACCAGCCGGAAUUUUAUGUUUGGUCAGCUUACCAUCCUGACAUUCAAAAGACACAACAAAAUAAAUUACAUGUGCUGGAAAACCAUUUCUAUCCCAUGAAUCACGAGUACUGCUUUUCCAUGGAUAAUCAAUUUCAAUACAUGCCCUUGAAGAUGCCACCCCAAAGUUACCCACGGGAUUUCCAAUUCCAGGACUUUCAAUAUUUUGUGGUCAUAGACUUUGAGGCAACCUGCGACAAAGAGAAGAACCCUCAUCCGCAAGAGAUUAUUGAGUUCCCAUCUGUAAUAGUGAACAGUGUGACUGGACAGCUUGAAGAUUCUUUCCAAAUAUAUGUGCGGCCAACCUGCAAUCAACUUCUGAGUGAUUUCUGCAAGGAGCUUACCGGCAUUCAGCAAAUUCAGGUGGACAAAGGUGUUCUUUUGAGUGAAGCUCUCCUUAUGCAUGAUAAAUGGCUGGAAGAGAAGGGGAUUAAGCACACCAACUUUGCUGUCGUGACAUGGUCAAACUGGGAUUGUCGUGUGAUGUUAGAAUCUGAGUGUCGAUACAAGAAGAUCCGGAAGCCACCAUAUUUCAACCGAUGGAUCAACUUGAAGGUUCCGUUUCAUGAGGUAUUUGGUGGGGUAAGGUGCAACCUGAAAGAAGCCGUUCAACUGGCUGGCUUGGUGUGGGAAGGCCGUGCUCACUGUGGUUUGGAUGAUGCCAAGAACACUGCUCGUUUGCUUACUCAUAUCAUGCACCGUGGAUUUAGAUUCUCCAUAACCAACUCACUGAUCUGGCAAUAUUCUGAGCAGCAAUUGACAGCACAGCAUUUCCUGGAUUGCAGGUCUAGCCCUGUGCAGCAUUUGAACAGGUUGAAGCACCCACCGACGCCCUUCAUUCAGUUCCACCAAGUGCCAGUCGACCCCAUAAAAGAACGACGCAUGUACUGCUACUGUGGAGUGAAGAGCAGCAAGCGGAUGGUCCGUAAACCAGGACCAAAGCAUGGGAGCUUCUUCUUCGGAUGUGGUAACUGGACCACCACCCGUGGUGCUCUUUGUCCAUAUUUCGAAUGGGCUUCUCCAUGAGUAUGGCAGAGGAUUAUUAUCCUUUCCCAUAUGAAAAAAUGAAAAAGACCCAAAAAAAAAAGAUGGAUGAGAGAGAGAGAGAGAGAGAUGACUCCUAUGCAAGCAAAUGAGCCUUUUGGUUGCUGCUUCUGACCGUACAUAUAUAUUGUGGCCUCUGAAGGUGGCUGUCUGCUUGGUCUCUAUUAAAGAAGUCUGUUAGGAAAACUGAGCUCUUAACUUGUAAAAAGCUGUCUUCUUGUUCAUAGGAAAGAAGGGAGUGGGAUAGUUUAUGCUUACAUAGGAGGAUGCUUGUACCAUGCCAAUGCAUGGUCUUCUUUUAACUAUUUUAAAUAAUUCGCGAGAUAGAUGGCAGCCGGAUCUUUGCUUUUGAAUGGGAAUGAGCAGUCUGCUGAUUUCAUGUUUUCA